AUCGUUAAAGAGCAAGUAUAUUGAUUGUAGAGUGAUCGUUAAUAAGCAUCUUCAAAGUUACUUUCACUAAAAUUGAGUUCCAUGGAAAAGUUAAAACCUUUUCUAGCGAUAUAUCUAUGAAAAUUUUUUAUCUGAAAUGUAUUAUCAUCUUUCCAAUAUUUCGUAUUUAUAAUAUAAACACUAAUUUUAGUUUAGAAGAUUACUUGAUCAUUUAGUCACUCUUACUUUUAUCUGUAUGUCUAUUUUAAUAUAUUUAUUAUUUGUAAUAUUAUAGUUAUGUAGUUUUUGAAAUGAAAAAGUAAAUAUAAUUCAAAGAAACAUAGUAGAGUCAAUUAAUUUACUAUUUUAUUCGCUUACAUUUGAUCUAUAAUCGAUUAAAUGUAAGCGUUAUUCUAUGAUUCUUAAGUUUUAAUAAUUACACAUAAUGGAAAAUAGCCAUCAGUCUGUAAUAAAGUGCUAAAAGUCACAAGUCCAAAAUGCUCUACUAUUUGCUUAAAAAAUGUUUGAGUCAGAGUAGAAUUUUAAUUGUCUUCAUCAGAUGAUCGACAUUAAAAUACAUGAAAUAUUAAUUGAUUGGUUUAAAUGUGUUAAUUAGUACAUCAAUCACCAAAUGGCGUUAUAGGUUUAACAAUUCUCACAUGCGAAGAAUAUAAAAAACAAUACAAAAAACAUGAAUAAAAUUUAAAAUUAAAAAUUAAAAAUAAAAGAAAAAAAAGUGCAUACAUAUAAAGUAGUUUAAAUGUAACAGAGUAUGUGUCUGUGAAUAGGAGGAACUAAAGGAAACAUGUCAUAUAUUUAGGAUGGUUAUACAGUCUAAAAAAGCUUGUACAAUAUUAAAUGGUAAGUUUGCAUAGCAGCAGUAAACUUUUGCUAAAAAAAUAAAAAAGAAUUAUUAUUUUCUCUUAAUUAAUUCUAUAAAUUAUAAUAAUGAUUACAUCUUGCUCAUUUACAAUGAAUGUAUAAUGAAACAAUUUUUCACAAAUUUUUAUUGUGAGUUUUUUUGUCUAUUUUUUUUAAGGCAUUUAUUUAAACAUAAAGAUGAUGAACCACCACCAUACUAUCGAUUCAAAGAAGAAUCACAAUAUACAGAUUUACAAUUUAAAGAAAAACCAGGAAAAGCACCAAUACGUGCAAUAAUAUUGGCAAUUAUGCUAUUUAUUUUGGGAUCAAUUAUGAUAUCAAUUGGUGCUUUAAUGUUAACAGGUUAUAUUAGAACACAGUAUCGUGAUCGUACAUGGCCAUUAAUAUUAGUUGGUACAAUAGUAUUUUUACCCGGAUUUUAUCAUGUUCGAAUAGCCUAUUAUGCCUGGAAAGGAUAUAAAGGGUUUACAUUUGAUGAUAUACCCGAUUUGGAUUGGUAUUGA